AUCGCCUCUGCUCUGACCUCUCCCCCAUGCCUAUAUAAAGAGAGGCCACACCCGUCGUCUCCCUUCCAUGUCAACCUAACUGUCUUCUCAUCUCAUCUCAAGCUCAAUCCAUUAAUUCCUCAUCUGUUUCUUGGAUACAAACUGACUGACACCGCGUAGUUCAUCAGUAGACGCUCUCUGUGCUGCCUCUGCUCUGUAACCAUGGUGGUUCUUGCCAAGGGCGAGCUGGAGCAGAUCGCGCUCCCGGCCGUGCACAAGACAGCACCGCCACUGGCCGACUUGCCGGAGGUCGACCUUUCCGUGGCAAGAAGCGGCUCUGAGGGACGGGCGGCCGCCGCACGCGCGGUGGCGGCGGCGUGCGAGGAGCAUGGGUUCUUCAAGGUGACGGGCCACGGCGUGCCAGCAGAGCUCCUGGCGCGCGUCGAGAACGCCGCUGCCGCGUUCUUCGCGCUCUCGCAGCGGGACAAGGAGGCGGCGAUGUCGGCCGCGACGCCGGGCAGUCCGUUCGGCUACGCGAGCAAGCGGAUAGGCAACAACGGCGACCUCGGGUGGGUCGAGUAUCUCCUGCUCGGUGUCACCGCCGCGGGCGCCGAGGCCGGCGCGCCAUUGUCCGUGCCCGAAGAGGUGGUGCCGUCAGCGUCGCUCUGCUCUUUCCGGGACCUUCUGAACGAGUACACGGUGGCCGUGAGGAGGAUGACCUGCCAGUUGCUGGAGCUGAUGGCGGAGGGCCUGGGCAUGGAAGACAGGGACGCGUUCACGAGGCUGGUCCUGCACAAGGAGAGCGACUCGAUGCUGCGAGUGAACCACUACCCGCCGCGCCCCGAGCUGAAGCAGCACCACGGUGGCAGGGUCACCGGGUUCGGCGAGCACACCGACCCCCAGAUCAUCUCCGUGCUCCGCUCCAACGCCACCUCCGGCCUAGAGAUCGCCCUGCGCGACGGCGACUGGGUCUCCGUGCCGCCGGACCAGACCUCCUUCUUCGUCAAUGUUGGCGACGCCUUGCAGGUACUCACGAACGGGAGGUUCCGGAGCGUGAGACAUCGAGUGAUGGUGAACAACAUCCAACCGCGGGUGUCGGUGAUCUUCUUCGGCGGCCCGCCGCCGCGGGAGACGCUCGCGCCGCUACCACAACUCGUCGGGGAAGGCGGGCGCAGCCGCUACAAGGAAUUCACAUGGUGUGAGUACAAAGCCUCGGCGUAUGGAACCAAGCUGGCGGCGAACAGGCUCUGCCACUUCGAGACCACCAACUAGCAAUCUAGCUAGCAUGCAAUUGCUUUGGCCUUUUUGUUUUUGUGAGGUGUGUGAAACUUUAUGUGCACGACGGCAGGGUAUUUUUUGCUAGUGUGUUCCUAGUGGUCGGUACAUAUGCCCAGUAAGGUUUUUGUGUUGAUAUAUGCUGCAAAGCAUUCUGUAGGUCUGUUUAAGUUGGAGGCAUCAAGUGCGCCACGAUGGCUUUCCCUCAAAAAACAAAUUUGGAGGCAUCAAGUUGGAGUA